GAGGUGAAAAUGUAUAUGUUAAUGUGGAUAAUUCAAGCAACAAUGAAUAUGUUGUUGAUUUGACUCAAGAUAAUAAUGGUGAUGAUAAUAAUAGCUUGUAUGAAAGUGGAGAAAAUAGAAGUGAUAAAAGUAGGAGCGAAUAUGAUGGUGAAGAUAAUAACAGUGAUGGGAAUGAAAAUGAAAAUUAUUAUAUUUGGGAGGAGAAUGAGAAUAAAGAUAGCUAG